GAGCAUGUCAGGCGGCGGACGACCAGCGGGCAAGCCCGACCUUUCAGGCUACAACUAUGGCGCCAUCUCCUCCCUCGUUCUCACCGCCGACCGCUCUGCCCUCCCCCGGAGAGACAAGGAACCGGAUGGUGCACCCACAUCCCUUGCAGGUCGCAUAGACCCCCGCGAGAUGGGCUCUCGCGUUCAGCGCGCAGCACCCAAGGACCUCGACAAAAAGAAGAAGAAGGCAGCCGCCGAGCGCUCAGACGCCCAGCAGGCCGAGCGACGCAAACGCCCAGAGCCCGGAGCAGGUGGCUUUGGGUACACAGACAUCAUCGAGGCCACGCAGGAUGUCGAGGGUCUCACCUACCGACCACGCACGGCCGAGACGAGGGAGGUCUACGAGAUGAUGCUCUCCGUCGUCCACCAGGCUCUCGGCGACCAGGCCCAGGACGUCGUCCGCAGUGCGACGGACACGGUGCUCGAGUCGCUCAAGAACGAGAACAUGAAGGACUUCGACAAGAAGCGCGAGGUCGAGGACGUCCUCGGCUCCCUGCCCAAUGACACUUUCAGCCAGCUCGUCGCACUCUCGAAGAAAGUUACCGACUACGCCGACGAAGAUGAGAGGAUGGCUGACCCUGACAUGGAGCGCAAGGACGCGGAGAUAGACGAUGAGGUGGGAGUGGCGGUGGUGUUUGACGAGGAGGAGCAGGAGGAAGAGGAAGACGAAGGGUUCGAGGUGCGCGAGGAGUCAGACGACGAGGAUGAAGAAGCGGCAGAGGGCCAGGAAGAGGAGGGUGCUCCCGAAGACGAGGAGAAUGAUGAAGAGCUCGUCAUCGGCGCCGACUCCUCCCGCGGUGUCAAGACCAAGGCCGACAAGGACAUUGUCUCCCCGCACGCCAUCGACGGUUUCUGGGUCCAGCGCCAGAUAUCCGAAAUCUACCCCGACCCGGUCACCGCCGCGGACAAGGCCCAGGCAGUGCUCACCAUCCUCGGCUCGGAGAGCAGCCUGCGCGACUGCGAGAACGAGCUCAUGGAGCUGUUCGAGUACCAGUCGUUCGACGUCAUCACGCGCUUCCUCAAAAACCGCGACGUGAUCGUGUGGUGCACCAAGCUCAUGCGUAGCGACGCAGACGAGCGUGUCAAUGUCGAGGUGGCCAUGCGCGAGAAGGGCGUCGGCUGGAUCCUCCGCGAGCUCGCCGGGAACCGUGGCGGGAAGAAGACCUCCACCGGCGCAGCUGGCGACGCGAUGGACGUCGACACCGCCGAUGCCGCGGCAGCGAAGCCUGUUCCCAAGACCGCGACGCUCGCCCCCGGAUCAACCGUCACGCCUAAGAGAACGGUCGACCUCGAGAGCAUGGCGUUUUCCCAGGGCGGACACCUCAUGUCGAACAAGAAGUGCAAGCUCCCCGACGGCUCGUUCAAGCGCUCGCGCAAAGGCUUCGAGGAGAUACACGUGCCCGCGCCGAAGAAGAAGGAUGGCGGUGACGACGAGCGGGUGCCUGUGACGGAGCUUCCGGAGUGGGUAAGGCCGGCGUUCACUAUCCCUACGUUCAACCGGAUGCAGAGUAAGCUGUUCCCCGUCGCGUUCGGUUCGGACGAGCCGCUGCUGCUUUGCGCGCCUACGGGUGCGGGUAAGACCAACGUUGCUAUGCUCACGAUUCUCAACGAGCUCGCCAAACACCGCAACGACGAUGGCUCGUUUGCGCUCGACGAGUUCAAGUGCGUUUAUGUUGCCCCCAUGAAGGCCCUUGUGCAGGAGAUGGUCGGCAACUUCUCGCAGCGACUCGGCAUCUUCGGCAUGAAAGUCGGCGAGCUCACCGGCGACUCCCAGAUGACGAAGCAGCAAAUUGCGGAGACGCAAGUUAUCGUCACGACGCCGGAGAAGUGGGACGUCAUCACACGCAAGAGCACCGAUACUUCGUAUACGAACAUUGUCCGUCUCAUCAUCAUUGACGAGAUCCAUCUGCUGCACGACGAGCGCGGCCCCGUGCUCGAGAGCUUGGUCGCACGUACGGUCAGACGCAUGGAGCAGACGGGCGACUACGUCCGGCUGGUUGGUCUCUCGGCGACACUGCCGAACUACCAGGACGUCGCCGCCUUCCUGCGUGUUGACCCCGCCAAGGGCCUCUUCUACUUCGAUGCGUCAUUCCGCCCCUGUCCUUUGCAGCAGCAGUUCAUCGGUGUGACGGAGAAGAAGGCGAUCAAGCGGUAUCAGGUCAUGAACGAGGUGUGCUACGAGAAGGUGCUCGACCAGGCGGGCAAGAACCAGACGCUCGUGUUCGUGCAUUCCCGCAAGGAGACGGCCAAGACAGCGCGGUUUAUCCGCGACAUGGCGAUGGAGAAGGAGACGAUCACCCAGUUCGUGCGCGCGGACAGCGCGACGCGGGAGAUCCUCACAGAGGAGGCGUCGAACGUCAAGGAUCCGAACCUGCGCGACCUCUUGCCGUUCGGAUUCGCGAUCCACCACGCGGGUAUGAGUCGCGAGGACCGCGGGCUCGUCGAGGAGCUGUUCGCAGACGGCGCGGUGCAGGUGCUCGUGUGUACCGCUACGCUCGCGUGGGGCGUCAAUCUCCCCGCGCACACGGUCAUCAUCAAGGGGACGCAGAUCUACAACCCCGAGAAGGGCCGCUGGGUUGAGCUGUCGUCGCAGGACGUGCUGCAGAUGCUCGGACGCGCGGGGCGGCCGCAGUACGACACGUUCGGCGAGGGCAUUAUUAUCACCAACCAUGGGGAGCUGCAGUAUUACCUCAGCUUGAUGAACCAGCAGCUGCCGAUCGAGAGUCAGUUUGUGAGUAAGCUGGCGGAUAAUCUCAAUGCGGAGGUUGUACUCGGGACGGUGAGGAAUCGGGAUGAAGCGGUGCAGUGGCUGGGGUAUACCUAUUUGUACGUUCGCAUGCUACGCGAGCCUGGACUCUACAGUGUCGGUGUCGACUAUCAGGAGGACGACCCGGGCCUCAUCCAGAAGCGCGCGGAUAUCAUCCAUACAGCGGCGGCGCUCCUUGAGAAGUGCCAUCUCCUUAAGUACGAGCGCUCAACUGGCCGCUUCCAGAGCACGGAGCUCGGGCGCAUCGCGUCGCACUACUACGUCGUGCACUCGUCAAUGCAGACGUACAACCAGCACCUCCGGCCCUCUAUGUCUACUCUCGACCUCUUCCGUGUCUUCGCGCUCUCGAACGAGUUCAAGUUGUUGCCCGUGCGCCAGGAAGAAAAGCUCGAACUCGGCAAGCUGCUCGAGCGCGUGCCCAUCCCCGUCAAGGAGAGCGUCGACGAGCCUGCAGCCAAGAUCAACGUGCUCCUCCAGGCCUAUAUCUCACAGCUCAAGCUCGAAGGCUUUGCACUCGUCGCUGAUAUGGUGUACGUCACGCAAUCCGCGGGGCGUAUCCUCCGCGCGAUGUUCGAGAUCUGUCUCAAGCGCGGCUGGGCUGUCCCCGCUCGUGCGUGCUUGGAUCUGUGCAAGAUGGUUGAGAAGCGGAUGUGGGGGUCUAUGACGCCGCUCCGGCAGUUCAAGGGUGUGCCCGCGGACGUGGUGCGCAAGGCGGAGGGCAAGCAGUUCCCGUGGUACCGGUACUUUGACCUCACACCGCCCGAGAUCGGGGAGCUCAUUGGCCUUCCGAACGCGGGGAGACUUGUGCAUCGGCUGGUGCACUCGUUCCCGAAGCUGCAGCUGCAGGCGCAGGUACAACCGAUUACGCGGUCUCUGUUGCGGAUCGACCUGUCGAUCACGCCCGACUUCAGGUGGGACGAGAAGAUCCACGGUGGAGCGGAGACGUUCCAGAUUAUGGUCGAGGACGUGGACGGCGAGAUCGUGCUGUUCCACGACUCGUUCAUCCUCCUGCAGCGCUACGCGGAGGACGAGCACAACGUCACCAUCACCGUGCCCAUGUUCGAGCCUGCUCCGCCGAACUACUACAUCUCAGUCGUCUCGGACCGGUGGUUGCACGCGGAGACGCGUCUGCCGAUUUCGUUCCAGUAUCUCAUUUUACCCGAGAAAUUCCCGCCCCCGACACCGCUGUUGGAGCUGCAGCCGCUCCCGCUGAGCGCGCUGCACAACAAGGAGUUCGAGACGAUCUACGGCGGCAGCGGGCCGAGCAGUAUCGAGACGUUUAACAAGAUCCAGACGCAGGUGUUCCAGGCUCUCUAUACGUCGGACGAGAACGUGUUCAUCGGCGCUCCUACCGGGUCGGGCAAGACGAUCUGCGCGGAGUUUGCACUGUUGAGGCUGUGGAGCAAGCGCGGCGAGGAGGGGCAGCGCCGGGCGGUGUGCAUCGAGCCGUAUCAGGAGAUGGUGGAUAUGCGCACGCAGGAGUGGAGGCGUAAAUUUGGGAGCGUGCAGGGCGGGAAGGAGGUGGUGAGCUUGACUGGGGAGGCGAGUGCGGAUCUGAGGCUGCUCGAGAAGGGGGAUGUGAUUGUGUGUACACCAGCUCAGUGGGAUGUGCUCUCGCGGAGAUGGAGGCAGCGCAAGAACGUGCAGAAUAUUGGCCUACUUAUUGCGGACGAGGUUCAGCUCGUCGGUGGCGAGGUCGGUCCCACGUACGAGGUCAUCAUUUCACGCACGCGGUAUGUCAGCGCGCAGACCGACAUCAAAACCCGUGUUGUCGCGUGCGGUGUCUCGCUUGCGAACGCAAGAGACUUGGGCGAAUGGAUGGGUGCACCGUCGCAUGCUAUCUUCAACUUCUCGCCAAGCUCACGCCCGCUUGAUAUGGAUAUUCAUCUCCAAAGCUUCUCCAUUCCCCAUUUCCCCUCGCUCAUGAUCGCCAUGUCAAAACCCGCGUACCUUGCCAUCAACGAGUACGCGCCUACGAAGCCCACCAUCGUCUUCGUACCUUCAAGGCGCCAGUGCCGCCUCACGGUCGACGACCUCCUUACGCACUGCAGUGCAGAUGACGAUGCGGACCGCUUCCUUAACAUCGAGCUCGCGGACCUCCAGCCUCACUUGGAUCACGUCUCGGACAAGGGCCUCGCUGAGGUGCUUGCUCACGGCAUUGGGUACUAUCACGAGGCUCUCGACGCGCAGGACAAGCGCAUCGUCGAGCGGCUGUUCCAGUCUGGUGCCAUUCAGGUACUCGUUGCGUCCAAGGACACGGCAUGGAGCCUCCCCGUUGCCUGCUACAUGGUUAUCAUCAUGGGCGUGCAGUACUACGAAGGCAAGGAGCACCGCUACGUCGACUACCCGGUGAUGGAUGUGUUGCAGAUGAUGGGCCGUGCGUGCCGCCCGCGCGAGGACGACCGGAGCCGCUGCGUGUUGAUGACGCAGCAGACGCGGAAAGAGUUCUACAAGAAGUUCUUGAGCGAGGGGCUGCCGAUCGAGAGUCAUCUCUCGACGCACAUGUUGCACGAUUACUUCUUGGCGGAGAUCGCGGUCAAGACGAUCGAGAACAAGCAAGAUGCGAUGGAUAUUCUCACUUGGACGUACUUCUAUCGUCGUAUGACCCAGAACCCCAACUACUACAACCUGCACAACGUCAGCCACCAGCAUCUGUCCGAUCAUCUGUCGGAACUCGUCGAGAACACGUUGCAAGACCUGGUUAACUCCAAGUGUAUCUCGAUUGAGGACGAGAUGGACGUGUCCCCACUCAAUCUCGGCAUGAUCGCUGCUUACUACAAUAUCUCUUACGUCACUGUCGAGGUUUACACCCUCUCACUCAAGGAACGUACGAAACUCAAGGGUCUCCUCGAGGUCGUCUCUUCCUCCGCCGAAUUCGAGACCAUCCCCAUCCGCCGCCACGAGGACGUACUCCUCCGUCGCAUCUACGACCGUGUUCCCGUCAAGCUUGACCGAGCCGAUUUCGAGGCUCCGCACUUCAAGACCUUCCUUCUCCUCCAAGCACAUUUCUCGCGUCUGCAGCUCCCGCCAGACCUUGCCGCAGAUCAGGCGCUUGUGCUCGAGAAGGUGCUCAACCUCCUGAGCGCAUGUGUGGAUGUGAUGAGCAGCAACGCAUGGCUGAAUGCACUUGGCGCGAUGGACUUGUCGCAGAUGUGCGUGCAGGCGAUGUGGGAGACGGAUUCGCCGUUGAAGCAAAUACCUCAUUUCGAGCCGGACGUCGUCAAGCGGUGCAGGGAUGCGGGUGUCGAGUCCGUAUACGACAUCAUGGAGAUGGAAGACGACGAUCGGACGAAGCUAUUGCAAAUGGACUCCCGGCAGAUGCGUGACGUUGCGACCUUCGUCAACUCGUACCCAACGCUCGACGUCUCCUUCGAGCUCGCCAAGGGCGAGUACACCGCCGGUGCACCGAUUAUCAUGCAGGUUGCUCUGUCGCGCGAUGCGGACGAAGAUGACCCCGACGACUCGGCUCAGACCGUCGUCGCGCCGUUCUAUCCUGGCAAGAAGAUGGCCAACUGGUGGCUCGUGGUCGGCGAGCCGUCGACUAAGCAGCUGCUCGUCAUCAAGCGUGUCACCGUCAACAAGUCUCUGGCCGUCAAGCUUGAGUUCACGCUGCCCAAGGGUUCGCACGAUCUCAAGCUGUACGUCAUCUGCGAUUCGUACGUUGGCGCGGACCACGAUCUUAAGGUGGACACCAUCGACGUUGCGGAGGGCGAGGACAGCGAUAGUGACGAGGAUAUGGAAAGUGGCUCGGAGAUGGAAGAGUGAACGCGGGUACUCCCGUGCUAAUCUUGGUGCUUCAAUAAUUGGACGAUAGAUUCUAUGUCCCUGUCGUUCUGAUGCUAGUGACGUGUAUCAUUAUUUUCUUGAAAACUAUAUUCGCUACUGAUAAUGUAAUGUUCUGCUUUGUUCUGUGUCUGGCUCGCUUUCAAACUCUUCAAAUC